AUGCCUGAAAAUAAGGUGGAUGCAUUGGCAGGUUUGCUAACGGGUUUUUCUGUCCGAUCGAUCACUCAACCUCUAGAUGUAUUGAAAAUCCGUUUUCAGUUGCAAGUAGAAAACAUAUCAUUGAGAAAUGGUGGAUAUUACAAUAGUAUUCCGCAGGCUAUCGAUCGAAUAGUUAGGGAGGAGGGUGUGGGCGCUCUAUGGAAGGGUCAUGUUCCUGGGCAACUUCUUUCCAUUCUUUUUACUGCUUCUGAAUUCUACUGGUUCCAUGCUAUUACUGACUGGUAUUUCCCCUAUAUUCAUUGUCAGAAGACCGCUCUGAAUGAUGCAGCGGCAGGCGGAGCUGCCGGUGCAAUCUCAACUGUGAUUUGUCAGCCAAUUGAUGUUGUUCGAACACGAUUGGUUGGCCAAGGUCAUCAUAAAGUUUACCAUGGAGUUUGCCAUGCUAUAAAACAAAUCUUGCUUGACGAGGGCCUAAGUGGCUUCUUCAAAGGUCUUUCUCCAUCCCUUUCUCUCAUUGUUCCCCAAACAGCCCUAUCAUUCGCUACCUACGAAAAACUCAAGCGUACAUUUAGCGAAAUUACCCAUAACUCAUGUCUACUAACUCCAUUCUCGGGUGCAUUUGCAGGCUGUGUAUCAAAAACAGCGGUUUAUCCCUUCGAUGUUGCUAAGAAACGAUUCCAGGUUGUUGGCUUCGAGGCAGCAAGGCAACACUUCGGAAAAUUGCCGACGAAAGCUGAAACAAGAUUAGGGUUAAUUACUUUAAGUAGUAUGUGGCAAAUCGUUGUACAGGAAGGAGUUCGUGGUCUCUUCAAAGGAUGGUGUCCAUCUAUGUUAAAAUCCGCUGUUACUACUUCCUUGACUUUCACAUUUUUCGAAUUUUACAGAUCACUUGUUAGUGAUGUCAACUCUUAG